AUGGAGUACAUUGGAAUCACACUUCUGUGGAUUUGUUAUUAUCAUUCAACUCAGGCUUGCUGUCCUACUUGGGCAACUGGAAGUUCCUACAAUCCCCAUACAGGAAAAUGUCAUAAAGUUUCUAAUGAUAAAGAGAGUUGGGCUGCCAGUAGAAGUGCAUGUCGGAAUCUAGGAGCUGUACUAGGAAUCGUCGACACAGUCAAUGAUACCAACUUUGUUAGAGGACUAAGAGGUGGUGAUAUUUGGAUGGGCAUCAAUGAUUUAGAGACGGAAGGCGUGUUUACUCACAAUGGAAAGAACAUUACUGUUGAGCUUUGGAAGGACGGUCAGCCAAACGGAGACAUUUAUGAUGACGGCCAGGAUUGUGUCAUAAUUGAUAGCAACAAAGAAUGGCAAGACAAACAUUGCGACAAACCCUACCAUUUUCUCUGUGAAUGGCCUGUAGUGAAAGACGAAUCCAGUGAAAAUUAUCACGCAUAG